CGGGUACCUGGUUACAUGCCCCAGUGUAUUCAGGCCAGCUGUUGAGGAAGUGGUGAGUGUGACCAUUCUCCAGCCCACAGAACCUAUUCAAAUACUGGCCAAACUGUACACAGAAGACGGCAAACUACUCGCUAAAGCCUCGGAAGAAAUUAUGGGUAAGGGAGUACUCAGGAUUCAGGUCCCCCGAGAUGCACGAGGGCGUGCUACACUUAAAGUAUGUGGAAAUUGCCAGUUUCCGAAGGAAGGGACAUACAGUUUUUAUAAUUCAACAGUGAUAGAUAUUGAGGAUUCGGGUACAGCGGUUUUUAUCCAGACUGAUAAACCUAUUUAUAAACCUGGACAGAGAGUGUAUAUCAAUAUUUUAACAACAGGGCCUGAUCUUAAGCCUGUGGAUGACAAAAUGUUGGCUUAUGUUAUGGAGCCAAAGGGUUCUCGUAUAAUCCAAUGGGCAGAUUUAAAGCCUUUAUGUUGUGGUCUUGUGAACACAUCAUUUCCCCUCUCUGACCAACCAACCCUGGGAAAGUGGACCAUAUUUGCUGAGGUCCAAGGAGUUAAAUAUAACAGGACCUUUGAAGUCCAGAAAUAUGUUGCACCCAAAUUUGAAGUUAUCAUUGAGGCUCCACCUUAUGUUGAUGACUGGACCAAAUGUCAUGCUAUUAAAAUACGAGCAAGGUAUUUGUAUGGUAAAGAAGUUAUUGGGAAUAUUUCUUCAAGUGUAACUGUCAAAGGAACAGGGUAUUAUGAAGACUACAAAGGACUCAAAGUUGUGACAAAUUCUAUGAUCCGUGGAGUUGUGGCACUCAAUGUAUGUGUCAGUGACCUUUUUCCUUAUGACUCUAGAUCAUACUUUCGAGGUGUUCUCAGCAUCAGGGCUGUGGUUACUGCAUUGGAUGGAAACACUGCCGAGGCCAUUGAUGAAUCAUGUGCAGUCAAUAAGCAACUUGUUGAUUUAGAAUUUUCUCAAGACACCCGCAAACACUUUAAACCUGGAUUGCCAUAUAGGGGAAAGGUUUUGGUAUAUUUACCUGAUGGUUCUCCAGGAGAUGACAUCACUGUGCAAGUUGCAGCAGACGUUAAUGGUGAUAGAUUUUCUGAACAAGAACUUGUCAGUAAAAAUGGACAAGUUUUCUUUGAGUUUCCACCUCUUCCUGUCAUGGCACAAUCAGUAUGGAUAGAUGCAAAGGUGAUAAAGGUUUAUGGAAAAGAUGUCAGAGAUUCCUACUUUUCUUCUUACUUGUCUAUUACAAGUUGGUAUUCUCCCAGUAAGUGUCAUUUGCUUGUAGAGAGCAGGGAGGAUUCUUACAAGAUUGGAGACCUUGCUAAAUUUAAAAUCUGGUCCACCUGUCAGUGUAACUUCAUGCUGUAUUAUGAAGUUCUAUCUAGAGGAAAUAUUGUUACCUCAGGAAAACACAAAGUAAAAAGGCCACUUUCUAGGCAUAGUAGAGAAGCAGCUAAUGUUACUUUGGUCACCUUCCAGUCAAAGUCACCAGAUCCAACCCCUAUAUCCACCAACUGCCAUGCGGUCUUAACCUUUCCCAUCACGGCAGCCAUGGCUCCAUUUGGUCGUCUGCUCGUCUAUUAUGUCAAGGACACUGGUGAAGGAGUGGCAGACACCGUCAGAUUUGACGUCCAGCCAGGGUAUGAAAAUAAGAUAUCGCUUGCACUCCCCAAGACUGAAGUGGGUCCAGGAGAUGUUACCAGACUUCGAGUUAGUACCAAGCCUGCCAGCUGUGUGUGCUUGGCUGCUGUGGACAGAAGUGUCUAUUUACUCAAGCCUGGAUACCAGCUUACUACUGCAAAGGUCUUUGAGGAGUUGAAAAAGUUUGAUGUCACAGCAGAUCAAACUGAUGAUACCUAUUGGUGGGGUAUCUCCAGGCGGCGUAAGAAAAGGUCCACCUUUCCCUGGUGGACAUUCUUUAGAUCUCGUGAUGCGAAGUAUGCAUUUGAGGAGGCUGGAUUAAUAAUCUUGACUGACAAAGUUUCACUUAAUCAUAAACAAGAUCCAAGGGAUUUUCAGGGUCCUCUGUUUCAAAGUCCAUUUGGAGGUACUUUCUCAGUUGCUGCCCUCACAAGUUCCUUCCGAAACAACCGUAGGGUCUUACACAGGAAAAGAACUUAUUUUCCAGAAACCUGGAUUUGGAGUUGCUUCAAUACCAGCUCUUCAAAGCACACGGAAACAUUAAGAGUUAGAGCACCAGACAGUGUGACAACAUGGAACAUUGAAGCCAUAUCUAUUUCUCAGAAAUAUGGGCUUGCUGUGGCUGAUUCAGCACAACUUAAGACAUUUAAAUCUUUCUUUGUGGACUUUUCCUUACCUUACUCGGUGAUUAGAGGAGAGCAAGUAACUUUGCCUUUGACUGUUUACAAUUAUCAGGAUUCUUGUGCUCAGAUUUAUCUUAAACUAAAAGGACCAGGAGGGAUAAAGUUUGUGGCCACCAAGCACCACACACAUUCACUGUCUACUUGUAUUGGCAGUGGCGAAAUCAAGACUAUUCCCACUGUCAUGCAAGUCAAUAAGCUAGGGUAUCUUAAUUUAACAGUCCAUGCUGAGGCAUAUGCUGAUACUGGUUGCUGUGCAGGAAAGCCUUCUAGUGGGGAAAGGUCACUUUUGGCAUCAGAUUAUGUGGCAAGACAUGUACUCUGUGAACCAGAGGGUGUGCCAAAGUUUUACACACACACUGUAUUUUUCUGCCCAAAUGAAAGGAUACACAUAUCCACCCCUGACAAAUUCCAUUUCCAGUAUUUGAAAAAGCCAGAUUUCCUCACCACAUUUAGUUUUUCUGUCAAGGCAAGGCACAGUGCCCACAUUGCCUUGUCAGCCAUACCAGCUGACAAUAAACAGUUGCUGGAGAUAGUGCUUGGGGGAAAAGAAAAUACUCUGUCUUGGAUAGCUGAGGGAAAACAAGGAGCAAAGUAUGUUACUGUUUCUACAAGGAAGAUAAUUUCAGCAGACGUUUUUUCAUCCUUCUGGAUAAGUUGGACAGAUGGUCUUGUGCAGGUUGGAAAGGGUGAGAAAUCCCAAAAUGGCAGUAUUAUAAUGGAAUACCAGCUGCAGACCACUCCUGUAGCUAAAUAUAUUGGGUUUUCUACAGACCGUGGAUCUAGAGGAGAAUUCAGGGUUUGGAAAAAGAAAGACAGUGGCAGCGUGUAUCAGGAAGUGUUCCACUUGGGUAUCCCACAGAACUAUGUGCCUGGGUCAGAGAGGGCAGAUGCCAAAAUGAUUGGUGAUGUAAUGGGACCUACUUUGAGCAAUCUUGACAAGCUACUCAGAUUGCCAUUUGGCUGUGGUGAGCAGAACAUGGUGCAUUUUGCCCCCAAUGUGUUUGUUCUCAAGUAUCUGGAGACAACAAAACAACUCACUGAUAAGGUGAAGGAAAAGACACUGGACUAUCUGAUACAAGGAUAUCAGAGACAGCUGACUUAUAAAAGAUCAGAUGGAUCCUACAGUGCAUUUGGGGAUGGAGACUCUUCAGGCAGCAUGUGGCUAACAGCUUUUGUGUUGAAGUCCUUUGCCCAGUCCCGUUCCUUCAUCUAUGUUGACCCUAAGGAGAUUACAGACAGCAAGGACUGGAUAGUUUCCAAACAACAGAGAGAUGGUUCCUUUCCUCCCAUAGGGAGAGUGAUGAACAAAGCUGUCCAAAGUGAAUUGCAAGGCCCUAUCACACUGACUGCAUAUGUUGUCACAGCACUGCUAGAGAUAGGUGUAAAAACUAAGGAAGAGAAAAUGUGCAUCACAUCUGCCAGAAGCUACCUUGAGACCAAAGUUCACCAAGUAUCUGACCCCUACUCAACUGCCUUGUGUGCGUAUGCCUUGACCCUACUGGGCAGUGACCAUGUGGUCAACCCAUUGAGGAAAUUGGCUCAGAUGGCCAUUAAAAAAGAUGGCCAAACAUUUUGGAGGCUGGUAGGCAGAUCAAGAUUGGAAGACUUCUUCAUGGCUUUGAAUGAUGACAAUAGAGCAGUGUCAUCUGCAGAAAUUGAGAUGGCUUCUUAUGCCUUGUUGACAUACACAGCCCAGGGAGACAUUGCUACGGCUCUCCCCAUUGUGAAGUGGCUUUCCAGGCAGAGGAACUCACUGGGAGGAUUCUCUUCAACACAGGACACCUGUGUUGCUCUUCAAGCCCUGUCAGAGUAUGCCACGCUUGCCUACACCGGGAAAGUCAACCUCACCAUAUCUAUGGCUUCUACGAACAUGGAUCUGCCUGAGACCAAGUUGACAUUACACGAAGAGAACAGCGAGAUACUGCAGACAGCUAGAAUUCCUAGUAUUCCCACUGGUUUGUUUGUUAGUGCUGUGGGAGAGGGGUGUGCAUUAUUACAGAUUGAUGUCAGAUACAACAUCCCUGACCCAAGCCAAAGACCUUCAUUCAAGUUACACCUUAGGGUAUCAGAGGACAAAUCCACCAAUGAAGUAGUGCAGCAAAGAAGAAACCACAAGAGGUCUAUUCCAGCAAGUCAUGUUACUGGGGAAAUGAAGGUUAACAUUGAAGCAUGUACCAAGUGGCUGCAUGCAGGCAGUUCAAAUAUGGCCGUGGUGGAGGCAUCUCUGUUAACAGGUUUUACUCCAGAAAGAGAAAGCUUGGAAAAGCUACUUAAUCACCAACAUUUGAGACUCAAAAGAUAUGAAAUAGAUGGAAGGAAAGUUUUGUUUUACUUUGAUGAGAUUCCCAACAGUUGCUGGACUUGUAUCAACUUUGAGGCCUACAGGUCACAGGUAGUGGGCAAGACAAGACCAGCACCAGUCAGAGUGUAUGACUACUAUGAACCUGCCUACGAAUCAACAGUGUUCUAUAGUGGCAAGCACUUAGGUGUCGUUGCAAGAGAACUAUGUGAGGGAGAUUCAUGUAACGAGAUUUCUGAGGAAGAGGAGGAACAAGUACAAGAUGAAGACUGCAACUCAGUAUUCGGCUGCUACCACAGCAGUAUCAAAGAGGAGGACAGGUGUUCUUGCUACAGGGACUGUCGUCACUCUGGCCCCAGGGUGUGUGGGUCAGAUGGGGUCCUCUACCCCAACAAGUGCAGAAUGGAGGUGGAGGCCUGUAGCCAAGGAGUGCACAUUGAAGCUGUGCCUCUGAUGAACUGUGAUGGGAUGAAACAAGUAACGGACCUUCCCCAGACCACUGCUUCUUCCCACAAUUCCUCUAAGGUGGAUAUUGUUAAGAGACCCGGGGAGGUAUCCCAGGUUGAUGCUGGGUCAGGUGAAAUGGAGGGUUCUGGGGACGUGGCUCAGGUCACCAGCAACUCGAAAACUAUAGUGGCUGCCACCACAAAGCCUCUUCAAGAUCAACUCCAGGAAGUCAAACCAGGUGAGGAGGAUUAUGCUUACUAUGAUGACUAUUAUGGACGCCCUGAUGAAAUACCAGCAGAUGAUCAGUAUCAGUACAUUUUUCCUGAGCCUGUGGACCCUAGGAGAGACAUUUGGAGACAAGGUCUGGUUGAUCUCAGAUUACAUGAGGAUGCCUCAGCUUCAAAAGUGAAAGGCAAAGAUGCUGAUAGUGUGGAUGAGGUCACUGACACAAUUCAAACUGAGACAAGCGAGAAUGACUCUCCUGGUGAAAUAGCUCACAGAAUUCAGACUGCUGCAGAGAACAAUACUGAAGGGCAGCAGAUGCAAGGUCCAAUUUCACAUCAUAUUUCUACAUCACACAGCCCUCUAGAGGCAACAACAGAAGCAUCGGUGGACGUGAGAAACCAGUCAUUGGUGGCAAAACCCCAGAUCAAGUUCAUGCCACCACCAUAUAUCAAAGACAGUCCCCAGGUUGUGUUCAAAUCCAGAGAAUCAGAGGUCACAGACACCAAUAAGGAGGAUGAACAAGGAGGAUAAGUACAUGUCCUCAGAUCAAACAGUUAGGCUGUGAAUGAGAGGGUGAACAAAGGAUAGAGUUGCAGACAACAAAGAGUCAGAAAAAAAGUGCUAAACUGAUAUAAUACCUCACUUUAUGUUAUUGAAGAAAUGCUAUGUAAAUAUGUCCGUUUUUUCCUAUUUUAUGCAUAUCUUUUUUGUUAUAAACAUGAUUUAAGACACUGCAUGGAGGUUUCAUAUGGCAAGCUGGGUGUUUGAGUCCACUGAUAAUUUAGUUUUUCUGUAAUAUCAUCCAACCCAGAGAGAGAAUUAAAACGUACAUUUAAGGUUGUUAAGUUUUUGAUUGGAUUUUUGGUGAAAUG